AUGGUGCGUAAACAGAAUAACCAGCUGCCGGAAAACUUGCCGCAACUGCAGAACUUGAUAAAGAGAGAUCCACAAUCGUACCAUGAAGAAUUUAUGCAGCAGUAUCAGCACUUUCAGAACACACUGGAGGUUUUUCAACUUUCCCCCGAACAGGCCAACAAAACGUUGGAUGAUUUGGUGAUGUUUAUGGCGCAAGUGGCGCAAUGCUAUUCAAAGGAAUUGUCCACAUUCCCGCAACAGCUGAUAGAUUUGCUGGAAAAGCACAACACGGUGCUGGAAAAUUCGAUGCGUAUGACGUUUUGCAGAGCUUUGAUUUUGCUGAGGAAUAAAAACCUGCUGGCGCCCACAGAUCUGCUGGAGUUGUUCUUCAAGCUGCUAAGAUGCCAGGAUAAGGCUCUACGAGCGUUUUUGGAGAACCAUAUCGUAACGGACAUAAAAAAUUUGAAUGCCAAGCAUAAGAACGCGAAACUUAACACAGCGCUGCAAAAUUUUAUGUUUACGAUGUUGAAGGAUACGAAUACCAGGGCGGCGAAGAUGUCGGUGGAUAUUAUGAUCGAGUUGUACAGGAAGAAUAUAUGGAACGAUGCCAAAACUGUUAAUGUGAUUGCAACGGGUUGCUUUUCGAAGAUCACCAAAGUUAUGGUGGCAUCUUUGAAGUUUUUCCUGGGGAAAGAUCCGGACGAGAAGAACUCGGACGAUGAAGAUUCGGAGAACGAUAUAGACCCGAAAGAAAUGGCGAUGGCGAAUCGAGUGAACAAAAAAACCAGGAAGAGAGAGAAGCAGAUGAAUAAAGUGAAAAAAUUGGCGUCCAAACAGUACAAGAAGCGCUCCAAAGGCGAGACGUUCAAUUUCUCCGCGCUGCAUUUGGUGCACGAUCCGCAAGGCAUGGCGGAGAAAUUGUUCAAGCAACUCGAAGCGACCAACAAAAGAUUUGAGGUCAAAUUGAUGACGUUGGAUGUUAUAUCGCGUUUGAUUGGUUUACACCAGUUAUUCCUCUUCAAUUUCUAUCCGUAUAUUCAGCGAUUUAUGCAGCCGCAUCAACGCGAGGUCACUAGGGUUCUUCAAUUUGCCGCGCAGGCUAGUCACGAGUUGGUACCGCCCGACGUGAUAGAACCGAUACUGAAAACCCUCGCGAAUAAUUUCAUCACCGAAAGAAACUCCUCGGACGUGAUGGCUAUCGGUUUGAACGCCGUGAAAGAGAUAUGCUUGAGAUGUCCGCUAUCCAUAGAUGAGGAUUUGUUGAGGGAUCUAGCGCAGUACAAGAUGUACAAGGAGAGAGCUGUCAUGAUGGCCGCGAGGUCGCUAAUUCACUUGUUUAGAACGGUGAGGCCCGAGUUGCUCCACAAAAAAGAUAGAGGGCGCCCUACCGAAGCCACGGAAGAAAUCGAGGAGAUUUCGUACGGUAAAGUGGACGCCAAAGAUUACGUGCCCGGGGCUGAAGUGCUUUUGGAUGAAGACGACGGCGAAGUCGAGAUAAAUUCAGAGUCCGAUUCGGAUGAUGACGGGGGUUGGGUCGACAUCAAACACUCUGAUGAUGAAGCUGCAGAUAAGGAACAUUCUUCUUCUGAAGAAGAAGACUGCGAACCGAAACGUAAGAUGUUGAAGGCGCAAAGAAACACGCAGGAGAAGAAAGAGUUGGCGCACAAAGUGACGCUGGACAGACUGCUGACGGACGAGGAUUUCCGAAGAAUCGACAUGGCCAACGUGAAGAAACAGGUGAAGAGCACGAGCAAAGGCCUGAAGCGCAAACUCGAGGAAGAGAAGGUAUCGCAGGCGGGCGAUUUGGUGAAGUUGAGCGACAUCGAGAACAUUUACAAGAAGAAGAAGCACGACAAGCAGACGAGGAUGGAAAGCGUGAAAAGCGGGCAGCAAGAUAGAGAGAAGUUUGGGUACAAAGACGGCAGGAUGAACGAGCAUUGUUCCAAGACCAACAGGGAAAAGAGGAAGAACAAGAAUUUCCAGAUGAUAAGGCACAAAGCUAAAGGGAAGCUACCCUUCGAUAAGAUGGACAAAUUUGACACCUCUAUAGACUCCAAACUAUUAUCGGCUUUGGGUUCGGGCAAUGUUAACCCCGUUAAUCUCCUAACGGGUGUAUCCGGUGCGACCACCAAUUCCUCCUGA